UUUGAGUGGGGGUGGGGGGGGAGAGGGAAGAACCCUCCUCCAAUGGCCGAAGCGGAGCCGUUAUGGAGGUGAAGCGGCUCCGCGUUCACGAACUGAAGGAGGAAUUGGGGCGCAGAGGGCUCGACACGAGGGGGCUCAAAGCUGAACUCGCCGAGCGGCUGCAGGCGGCGCUGGAGGGGCCCGAGGCGCGCGGGGACUCCGCGGGGGACGCCGACAGCGACGGACGCUUCGCCCCGGACUCGGCGGCGUCGGCCUCGGCCCCUCCCUCCUUCCCCCCCUACGAUCCCUCCGGCCUCAAAGCGGACGUGGAUUCGGGCUACGAUCGCCGCGGCCCAGACCCGGAACCGCCUCCCUCCGCGCUGAAGCUGCCGGAUCCAAAGCCGGAAGACGCCCCCUCUUUCCCCGUGCCCCCCCCCAACUAUACGGCCCCCACCCCCCCGUACCCCAUCCCCCCACCCCCCCCAUAUACCGCCCCCCCCACGCCCUAUAGCGCCCCCCCUGCCCCCUAUAGCGCCCCCCCGGCCUAUAGCGCGCCCCCCCCGACCUAUAGCGCCCCCCCCGCCCCCUAUAGCGCCCCCCCCGCCCCCUAUACUGCCCCCCCGGCCCCCUACAGCGCCCCCCCCGCCCCCUAUAGCGCCCCCCCGGCCUUCCCCACGCCGCCCCCCCCGCCCUAUGGCGCCCCCACGUAUAACCCCGUGGGGAGCGGUUACGGCGCAGCGGCGUCGGCGUCGGAUCCAUCGCGGCUUCGCAAAAGGCCUUACGAGGAUCAACGAAACCGCACUUAUUACGAACACCGCGAAGAGAAAAGAGGUCGUUCGCCACAACCGCCGGCGGAGGACGAAGAGGAGGAUUUCGAUGACACGUUGGUGGCCAUCGAUACCUAUAACUGCGAUCUUCACUUCAAAGUGGCGCGAGAUCGGUACAGUGGGUACCCCCUCACCAUCGAGGGCUUCGCGUACCUCUGGUCCGGCGCUCGCGCCACCUACGGAGUGCGGAGCGGCCGCGUCUGCUACGAGAUGAAGAUUAACGAGGAAAUCUCCGUUAAACACCUGCCGUCCUCCGAACCCGACCCCCACGUGGUGCGAGUUGGAUGGUCCCUCGAUUCCUGCAGCACUCAGUUGGGCGAAGAACCUUUUUCCUACGGCUACGGCGGCACCGGCAAAAAAUCCACCAACUCCAAAUUUGAGAACUACGGCGAAGCCUUCGCUGAAAACGACGUCAUCGCGUGUUUGGUGGAUUUCGAGUGCGGCGAAGAGGUGGAAAUGUCCUUCUUGAAGAACGGGAAGUGGUUGGGAGUCGCGUUCCGGGUUCGGAAGGAGCAGUUGAGCGGUCGAGCGCUUUUCCCUCACGUUUUGGUGAAGAAUUGCGCCGUGGAGUUUAACUUCGGGCAACGGGAAGAGGCGUUUUUCACCGUUCCGCCCGGAUUCGCCUUCAUCCAACACCUCUCCGUCAGCGAGCGCGUCCGCGGCACUCUGGGACCCAAGAGCAAAGCCGAGUGCGAGAUCCUGAUGAUGGUGGGUUUGCCGGCGGCCGGGAAGACCACGUGGGCGGUGGCGCACGCCGCCUCCAACCCUUCCAAGAAGUACAACAUCCUCGGAACCAACGCCAUUAUGGAUAAAAUGAGGGUGAUGGGGCUGCGGCGGCAGCGGAAUUACGCCGGGCGGUGGGACGUCCUCAUCCAACAGGCGACGCAGUGCCUCAACCGCCUCAUCCAGAUCGCCGCCCGCAAGAAGCGCAACUACAUCCUUGACCAGACGAACGUCUACGGCUCCGCCCAACGCCGGAAACUGCGCCCGUUUGAGGGUUUCCAACGCAAAGCGAUCGUCAUUUGCCCCACGGAUCAGGACCUGCGGGAGCGAACCGUCAAGAGAACCGACGAGGAGGGAAAGGACGUUCCGGAUCACGCGGUGCUGGAGAUGAAAGCCAAUUUCACUCUCCCGGAAGUGGGCGACUUCCUGGACUCCGUCGUCUUCGUGGAGCUGCAACGGGACGAGGCCGCGGCUCUGAUCCGCCUCUACAACGAGGAAGGCCGCAACGCUGCGCCGCCGCCGGAGAAGCGCUUCGACGCCACCGGACGCCCCUCGGCCUUCCGCGCCCGCCCCGCCUUCCAGCGCUUCGAGGCUCGCGGCGGCUCCGGCACACGCGGAACCUUCCAGAACCGCGGUGGCGGCGGCUUCCGAGGAAACGGCAGCGCCGGCGCAGGCUUUUCCCGAGGCCCCUUCCCGUGCCGCUGGGCCCCCUCCCCUCGCGACGCCUCUUCCUCCUCCUCUUCCUCCUCCUCUUCCUCUUCCUCCUCGUCGUCAUCGUCGUCGUCGUCCUCUUCCUCCUCUCCUCGCGGGGCCUUCGCUCGCGGCUCUCCGGCGCCUUCCGGCUCUUUCCCCGCCACUCGCGGCGGCUCCGGCUACAAAGGGGGGACGUCAGCACCCCCAAACCAACAGGGCGGAUACGGCGCGAGCGGCGGCGCUUACGGUGGCGCUUACGGCGGCGGUUAUGGCGGCGCCUACGGAGGAUACGGACACGGAUACCCCCAGGGGGGCGCCCCCCCCGCCCACGGAUACCCACAAUACCCACAGUACCCCCAGCAGUGGAACCAGUACUACCAGCAGCAGGGCCCGUGGCCCCCCCCGUACUACGGCUCCUAUGACUACGGCGCCUACGGCAGCAGCGGGGGGGGGGGCCAGCGCCCAGUGACCCCCCCUUUUCCCCCCCCCUUGCGGACACCCCACUAAAAACACUGUUUUUAA